AUGUUCAUCCCAGUAAAUGGUUUUUGGUUUUUGUUUUGUUUUACUAGACAGCUCAAGGAUAAGGAUGAAGGUGGAGGGGAAGAGAAGAAUAAUUUCAUCUUUGGGAAUUACUCUCAGUGGUGCUCUGUGCAUUCUCUGAGGGCCAAGCAAAGGAGUGGACAGUUGUGUGACCUGGGAGAUGAGAGAGGCAUGGCACGAAAGCUACUGAAAUGCAGUCUCAGUGACAAGCUGUGCGUUGUCCGGGAGCAGCAGUAUGAGAUCAUCAUCAUCCCAACCAUUCUGGUUGGCACCUUCCUUAUCCUUCUUGCAGUCAUCCUGUGGCUUUUUAUCAGAGAACAAAGAGCUCAACAACAGUCUCUUGGACUCCAAGGCAUUGCCCCUGUGCCUCCAUCUAGGGGCCUAAGCUGGAAGGCAGGAGGACAUGGAGGAAGUGUGUUUGUGCCACUUAAGGAGACAUCGGUGGAAAGCCUCCUACAAACUACCACUCAUGCUCUGGCUAAGCUGCAAGUGCCCCGGGAGCAACUCUCUGAAGUUCUGGAGGAGAUCCACAAUGGUAGUUGUGGGGCCAUCUAUCGAACCAAGAUGCAUACUGGGGACCCUGCUAAGCCAAAGAGUGUUGUCCUCAAGGUUUUGAAAGAACCGGCUGGCCUCCACGAGGUGCAGGAUUUCUUAGGGCGAAUCCAGUUCUAUCAGCACCUGGGGAAGCACGAGAACCUGGUGCAGCUGCAAGGCUGCUGCACAGAGGAGCUGCCGCUCUAUAUGCUGCUGGAGGAUGUGGCCCAAGGGGACCUGCUCAGCUUUCUCUGGACCUGUCGGCGGGAUGUGAUGACCAUGGAUGGCCUUCUCUAUGAUCUCACAGAAAAACAAGUAUAUCACAUCGGGAGGCAGGUCCUCCUGGCUUUGGAAUUUCUCCAGGAUAAGCAUCUGUUCCAUGGGGAUGUGGCAGCUAGGAAUAUCCUGAUCCAAAGUGAUCUUACUGCUAAGCUCUGUGGACUGGGCCUAGCUUACGAAGUCCAUGCCCGAGGGGCCAUCCCGGCUACUCACAACGUACCUCUCAAGUGGCUCGCCCCAGAACGGCUUCUGCUGAGACAAGCUGGCAUCAGAGGAGACAUCUGGUCCUUUGGGAUCCUGCUUUAUGAGAUGGUGACUCUAGGGGCACCACCAUAUCCUGAAGUCCCUCCUACCAGCAUCCUACAACAUCUCCAAAGAAGGAAAAUAAUGAAGAGACCCAGUAGCUGCAAACAUACCAUGUAUGGUCUUAUGAAGUCCUGCUGGCGCUGGAGUGAGGAGAGCCGCCCCUCACUUAAAGAGCUACACUCACGCCUAGAAAUUGCCGCUCGAACUGCAAACGACAAAGCUGUGUUGCAAGUACCUGAGUUGGUGGUACCUGAACUGUAUGCAGCCGUGGCAGGUAUCAGCAUGGACAGCCUCUCCUACAGCUACAGCAUCCUAUGAAGAUCUUGGGGAAAGAAACAUUUAUGAG